UGCGCGUGCGCGCUGCGCCAUACUUAUCACUUAUGAAUCAGCUGAUAAAGGAAGGAAUUGUUACUAGAAAUUUCAGCAGUAUUGGAGACGAUAUUAAAAAAGUAUGUCGUUAAAUACAGCGCACACCAACGGCGGUGUUCUAAUACACGCCGGAGAGUGCAUAUUGUUAUUCUGCGACAAUGUCACGAUGGAAUUCCAUGGGCAAGAGCAGGCAGAAUUUACUGGUACCAAACAUGGUAGAUUAUACUUGACCACCCAUCGAAUGAUUUUUAAUGCCAAAGAUCACAAGGAAAAGAUGCAGUCAUUUAGCUUUCCUUUCAUAACACUGAGCGAAGUUGAGGUGGAACAACCAAUAUUUGGUGCCAAUUACAUCAAAGGUAAAUGCCGUGCUCAACCAAAUGGUAAUUGGAUUGGAGAAUGCAAAUUCAAGUUGCACUUCAAAAGUGGUGGUGCAAUAGAAUUUGGUCAAGCUAUGUUAAGAGCAGCAGCAAUGGCUCAACGUAAUGGACCUGCAAAUGAUGCUCCACCACCAUAUGAACCACCAACAUCAAACUUCUAUGCAGCUCCACCACCUGCUUAUCAAACUACUCCAACUGGCUAUUACGGUUGGCUCCCACGAAAUGAUGCAUUUUCAAAUGCUCCACCAGCAAACAGUGUAUAUAUGACGGAUAUGCCACCUCCAUAUCCUGGUAUAAAUACACCUUAUGAAGGAUAUGCAAAUGUACAUCCACAAGGUGCAUGGGGCAACUCCAGUCAACAACCUAAUUGGACUCCACCUCAACAAAAUGGAGCACCCGGAUGGGCUAACCCAAGUUAUAAUGCCCAACCAAUGUCCCAAGCAGGUGCGUAUCCGAACUAUGGACAGCCAGCAUAUAAUGGUUACCCACAAAAUCCUCCACCAUAUACUCCAUAUUCCCAAGGUAAUCAUUAUGUACACCCUAACUAUUAUCCACAACAAAAUCCUUAUAAUCCAUAUCCUCCCUCUAAUUACUAAUUGUAAAGUGUUUUGUGUAUGCACCUUUAUAUCACUCUUUAUGCGAAUAAUAAUGAUCAAAUUUUCGAAAAUCUUUAAAAUCAAUUAAUAAUAGAUGAAAAAUAAAAACAUUAACUAAUAUAUUAAAUAAGAAAACAUAAGGAUGCACUUGUAUAUUACAUUAUUCUUUGUAACAUAAAGAUUAUAUGAUAUAACAUACACAUUACAGUAUUAAAUGAGUAUCAAAUUAUUUUUAAAUAUUUGUUCUUUCUACCAGUUGGUAUUGUAUAUUAAAAUAUUAUAUUUUUGUUGCUUCAAACAUAGCUUUGUGAUGAUCAUUAUAAUACAAAAACAUAUUAUGUUAUUAAAAUUUAGCCAAACAUAA